AUGGCUUCGAGAACGUACCCAAGGACGAGACGUGGAGGUCAUCGCGGCGGCUUCCACUUGCAAUCACGACAUUCCGCACCACUACCUGUACCAGGAUUGACGCAACGGAAGAUCGAAGACAUCACCGUUCCUGAGAAAAUUAAAGAUGAUUUGGUAGCUAAGAUUAACGGUGUUGAGUAUGUUGCUUCUUACGACUUGACCGAUGGGCUCAAAGCUCCUACGAUUUUAGUUCCAGGCAAGCCUCCAAGAUGGACACCACCAUCACAACCUCAAAACCUACAUGAAGACAGCGACGUUUACUAUCGUGACCCCAACAGUGCUAGACACCACAAAUAUCCUACUGAGCCAGCGGUUCGAGCGGUACUUCAUCAGCACACCGACUUUGCGUUCUCCACGAUUGACAUCUUCGGAUGUGGCAGCACUUUCGGCAGUCUUCUGUCCUUUGUGAGAAAUGAGGAACGCACCUUUCGAUUCGGUGUCGACCGUGUAGGUAGUACGACGUUUCUGGUCAGGAAGACUAACACUCCUGGCGAGAUCAUUGAAGAUGUUCGUGGGUACGGUCAUACUUUCCCAGAAGCAUAUACCAUAUGGGAGUCGGACGUGAGAGCUUCAGCAUCUUACCAGCGAAUCAUCAAGUACAAUUUUGCUGGUUUGUCUUGCAUGAUCAGAUCUGAGUCAGAUGGUUACCUACCAGACAAGCUGGAAGCAAGCCAUGAAACAUUACGGCCAGUAAGACAAGACGAGUCGCUUCUGAACGGCGGACUCUCUUCGCUUGGCCUGGGUCUGCUGCCGUUGACGAGUAUCGGUCCUUUGGUGAUCGAAGAUGCUGGCGACGUAAUUCCUCAGCAAGCAAUCUUCGAUCUGAAGACACGUUCGAUCAAUCAGAAAGAACGUCUUGGAGCCUCCACCAAAGAAUUCCUCCCUCGUUUGUGGGCCAACCAAACGCCAAACUUUGUGCUCGCUUUCCAUAAGUGGGGCAAAUUCCAGCUCGAUGAAAUUCAUAUCAAGGAUGUGAGAGACGAUGUCAAGGCAUGGGAAGCACAAAACGUGGACGUGCUGUCCAGGUUGGGAAAAAUGUAUCGCAAAAUCGUCGACCUCUCAAGUGUCCAUGGUCGUUUCGAAGUACGACGAAUAGGUGCAGGACCACUAGAGAUUUGGACCGAAAGCACGGGCUGGUCAGCAUUGCCGAAGGAGUUAAGAGAGCAGUUUUGUGGUGAACAUGGAAGUGAAGUAGGUGACAACGGUCUUGAGGCAACCCAUGUGAAUGUCAACAACGAGGGUGACGACGAUAGUUCUGACGAUGAGAAAUAUCUCAGAUUCUAG